GAGGUGAGCGCCUUUGGGGAGGCCGGCGAGGGUGACUACCUGGAUGACUGGACGGUGGUUUGCAGUGGGACCUACUGGGUGCGGGACGGCGAGGUGCGCUUCCAGCACGCCUCCACUGACGUCUUCCUCUCGGUGACGGGGGAGCAGUACGGGCGGCCCAUCCACGGGCAGAAGGUGAUGGAGGGCAUCUUCAUGCAGCCCAGUGAGGUCUUCAAAGCGGAGCGGUACCAUGCAGAGUUGUGA